UGUCCGGAGCGGCCGGCGGGCGGGGAGCCUCGGCGGGCGCGGCGCUGCCCCUCACCGGCGCGAGCGUGGAGCGGGCGGCCUGGGGGCCGGAGCCGAGCCGGGGCCGGAGCGCGCGAAAAUUGAAACAUUGAGAAAAGGAAAGUGCCCUGAAACCUGCCUCAGAGACAACCGCCUGCCAAACCUGGCGCUGCCUGGAUCCACACCUGGAUAUGCAGAUUCACAGAUGGGGUCUUCCCGCGAGUGGGAUCACCUGUGCUUGCUGAUUUGCAGCCCGGUUGUUUUUUCCCACACAUAAUAUAAACCUUCUCUAGGUGUGACCUACCAGAAACAUGGCAACCAGCGCUGUCCCCAGUGACAAUCUCCCCACGUACAAGCUGGUGGUGGUGGGGGAUGGGGGUGUGGGCAAGAGUGCCCUCACCAUCCAGUUUUUCCAGAAGAUCUUUGUGCCUGACUACGACCCCACCAUCGAAGACUCCUACCUGAAACAUACAGAGAUUGACAAUCAGUGGGCCAUCUUGGACGUUCUGGACACAGCCGGGCAGGAGGAGUUCAGCGCCAUGCGGGAGCAGUACAUGCGCACGGGGGACGGCUUCCUCAUCGUCUUCUCCGUCACCGACAAGGCCAGCUUCGAGCACGUGGACCGCUUCCACCAGCUCAUCCUGCGCGUCAAGGACAGGGAGUCAUUCCCAAUGAUCCUCGUGGCCAACAAGGUUGAUCUGAUGCACCUGAGGAAAAUCACCAGGGAGCAAGGAAGAGAAAUGGCAACCAAACACAAUAUUCCGUACAUAGAAACCAGUGCCAAGGACCCACCUCUCAAUGUGGACAAAGCCUUCCAUGACCUCGUUAGAGUAAUCAGGCAACAGAUACCGGAGAAAAGCCAGAAGAAGAGGAAGAAAACCAAAUGGCGGGGAGACCGGGCCACAGGCACCCACAAACUGCAGUGCGUGAUCUUGUGACGGGUCUGAGGCCCCGGGCACAGUGACCGUGAACCGGCCAGCCCUAGGGACCCCUCCUCUGCCUAACUGCACUGAAAACCAUUUCUAACCACGACCCUUGGCCUGAGGACUUGGCCCGGGAAGGGAGAAAGGGAGGGUGGCAGGGAGCAGACAGGUCUGGCUUUGCUGAGAGGGCACAGGCUUUCCCGUCUCUCACAAGAGACCAGGAAGCCACCAGAAACAGCAGCGUCCAGCCCCACGUGUCUGUUCACCCGCGCCUGGCCCUCCCGGUGGGUGUGUUGUUUCUGUUAACUGCAUAGUGUUGGUUUGAUGUGGAAGUGUUUAUCCACGUACAAAGUACGAAACAAGCCAUGAACAAGCUUCUCCCCCUCGUCCCCAGUCCACAGUGUCUGAGCUUGGAUGUCUUUUGUAGAUUUUUAAAUUAUUUUCAUGAUUAUUAUUUUAUUAAAGGGGUCUGCACCCAC